AUGGCGACCAGCACCUAUGAAUGUACUUUAACGCCGGAAUCACUGGAGGUAGCCAAACGCGAACUUAACGAAGAUCCAGAAACCCGAUUACAAAAAGUGCAGGAAUUGCGGGAGUUAUUCAAAACAAGAGCUGACAUCAAAUUUCGUUCAGACGAUGAAUUUCUACUGAGGUUCCUGAGGAAUAAGAAAUUUAACGUUGAUAAAGCAUUUAAGAUGAUGGUACACCAUUACAAGGCCCGACGUGAUUAUCCCAAAAUAUUCAACAACUUCAAGCCUUCUUCAGUAAAGUAUGUUUUUGAUGCGAAUCAGCAAAUGAUUUGCCCCGGAAAGGACAGGGAAGGGCGGACAGUUCUUCUUGCUAAGAUGGGCAAGUUAUGUUUUUAUAUAUUCUAUGAUUCAUGCAUGACAUUUGGUAGCGAUCACAAUAAAAUGUCGAUGCCACAGGCAGAGUUUAAAUUACGGGGCUUUAUCAAAUAA